CAAUCUGGCAUCUCUAAAAAAAUGACAACAGCAAAAAAGUUGUCGCGGCGAUAGUGAUGUUGAUGAGAUUAAAUAUCAAGUAAUAUCGCAGUAAAUAAAUAAAUAAGAUUAUGUGCUUUUGUAAACAAAAAUAAAUAAAUCGAUCUUUAUUCGAAGACAAAAUUAAUUAGCUAUUUUUUGUGGAAUCCAAAAUUUUGUUAGAAAAUGUUUCAAAGAAAUAAUUACAAUAAUAUUUAUUGUUAAUUAUUUCAAUUAUUGUUAAUUUUGAAAUCACUUAAUACACUACGGAGGAACAAGUAUUCAAUGAAAUGUUGUCCGUUUUGCAAGAGAAAAGGCCAUUAAAAAAGGCACGUUUAGGACCACCAGACGUUUAUCCACAAGAUGCAAAACAAAGAGAAGAUGAGCUUACACCCGCAAAUGUAAAACAUGGGUUUUCGACUACAUCACCACUUUCGGAUGAAUUUGGUACAGCGCAUAAUUCCAAUGUCAAUGCAAACAAAAUGGGUGCAUUUUUUAGUGCAAUACUCGUCAAGAAAGAAGAACUCAUGACGUUGCAAGAUACAGGGAAAAAGAAACAACAACUCAAUUGCAAAGAUCAUUUUUGGCCAGUGUCGCCUCGCAAUAAAGUUGCUAUGGAUGCUUGGUUCAAGGAUUUAGCUGGAAAUAAACCACUGUUAAGUUUAGCAAAAAAAGUUCCAUCUUUUAAUAAGAAGGAGGAUAUUUUCAUUACACUUUGUGACAACCAAGUCAAUAUGCAGCGUGCAACCUGGUUUAUAAAAUUAAGUGCUGUUUAUGCUACAUGCCUUACGGAAUCGAAAAAUAAAAAGCGCACUAUAUAUGAUCCAGUAAGUGACUGCACUAGUUAUUUUAUAAAAUUUAUGAAGGAAUUAUUACCGAAAUUACAAGAGUACUAUCAACAAAGUAUAAGCGACAAAGCGUCUCAUUGCAAUAGCACGGGUCUAGCAACACAAAAUUCAAGCACACAUUCGAAUAGUACUAUACCAGUUCCUUCUAUGGCCAGUCCAGUUUCUAUGCAUAGUCCAGCAAGUAGUCAGCAAAAUUCUAACAACCAUGGUGUACUAAGUGGGGGAACACCUGUGAACGCUUCAAGCACUCAAGGAUCUGUUAAUCUUGGCUUAACAGGCUCUUCAAUUUCAGGAAUAGGCAGUAAUUUUGAAGAUUGUCGAAAUGCUUUAAAAUACUGGAAUUAUUGCACUCAGCUCAGUAAAUACAUGCAUGAAGAAUCACUGUUGGAUAGACAGGAAUUUCUUUAUUGGAUACUUGAAUUAUUAGAUAAAAUGCGUACGCAAGCUUCAUUUAACGAAGCAUUGAAAAAGUUGGUACUUACUUUUGCUUUGCAAUACAUGCAUGAUUUUGUUCAGUCUGAGCGGCUUUGUCGUAAGCUAGCCUAUAUUGUUGCUAAAAAGCUUUCUAAUCUGUUAAACGCAACUGUGGAACAGCAAAAUAACAGUAAAUCAUUACAAUCAAAUUGUGUAGUAAACAUGGAGGUGGAUGACGAUGAAAAAAAACGGAAUACGAUAGAUCCCUAUGAAACUGCGUUAAAUGAUUAUAUGAACUGCCCGCAUCACCGUGAUAUAAUCUUAUAUCUGAGUACAAUAUUACAGAUUAUCACAAUUGAAUGUCCAACAGCUAUGGUUUGGUGUGGUAUCGGGGACAAUCGUGCACCAUCAGCUUUGUGUGGUAGUCCUUUGGAUAAUUUACCCUUAGCUCCAUCAGUUCUUCCUAUGCCGUCUAAAUGUGAAUUGACUACAAACAUUGAAAUACGGCGACAACUACGUGCAGUAGAAUCCGAAAUUAGAGAACGUUCUAAACAUGCUGAAAAUCGUUGGUUUGCCGAGAAAUGGUUAAAAUCUAGUAAUAAUCCGUGCAACCAUGUACUUUCAAUUCUAGAUCAUUUAGAUACCCAUUGUUUUGAACGGAUGGAUCAAAGUAAUUCAAUUGAAUCUCUUUAUGCAAAUAUUUUUAAACCUUUUGUGACUGUGAAACGUGAAGUUGGUUCAAAUGGAGAGGUAAAAGAAAUACGUCAAGAAUACGAUGCUAAGGAAGAUGCUAAAACAGUUAAAAUACUCUGUGAAUGGGCAGUAUCUAAUCAGAGAUGGGGUGAACAUCGGGCAAUUGUAGUAGCAAUAUUGUUGGAUAAAAGACAAAUAGAUGUCACUACACCUAAUAUUGAAAAUGAACAAUUUAAUAAUAAUGGAAAUAUAAGUAAUACAAAUGAAGAUAAAGAUUCUGUUGCUUCGGGAGUUGGUUUAAUAGGUGGAUUACCCGUUUUUCAGUCAGUAUUAAUGGAUUUUUUGGAUCAAGACGCCCCAGUAUUAGAUGAAAAUGGUUCCCUGCAAAAUCGUACACAGUUCACCAAUCUUGUUCAUUUAUUUAGCGCUUUGAUACGCCAUGAUGUCUUUUCCCACAAUGCUUAUAUGUACACACUAAUCUCACGUGGAGACUUAUUAACUGAUGGUACUUCAAGUACAACAGCAAAGCCAAUAAGCGGCACAAGUGGCACUGGUCCAGUAUCAAAUAAACCAUCACCGCCGACUCACAAUUUUGAUGAUGAUUUCAUGACUGGAAUUGAGUAUGAUGAUUCUAAUGUGGACGAUGAUCUUGGAAAACUAGUGCAAACCAUUAAAGAAAAAAUUCCUGAUCAUACAAGUGCUGGUGGCAGUGAGCCUCCAAUAUCACGUCAUUUUGUGUACACGAAACAUUUUCCUAUACCUCAAGAUGAUCCAACAUCUCCGUACAGUAGUGAAUCAAACCAGAGAUAUAUACUGCUUUUUGGAGUUGGCAAAGAACGUGAUGAGAAGAAACAUGCUGUUAAGAAAAUGUCUAAGGAAAUUUGUAAGCUUUUCUCAAAAAAAUUUAGUAUUGAUGUGGCAGAAGGAGGGAAAGUAAAGAAACAUUCACGAAAUGAGUUUAAUUUUGAAGCUACAACUAGUAAAUGUCAAAACAUGGCAUACUUUGAUCAGCAUGUAGUAACGUCGCAAUGUGCUGCAACAGUACUUGAACAACUUAACAGUUUUGCACUUGGAAACAACAAUUACUUGCCAGUUCAAGAGCACGUGGCUUUUUUAUUUGAUUUAAUGGAAAUGGCUCUUAACAUUUAUAGCUUGAUAGAGCUUUGUGACCAGAUUUUAAAAGAAUUACCAGAAGUAGAAAAUCAGUUGGUUGUCAAAAAGUCUAAUUUAAUUAGAAGUUACACAACAUUAUUGGGUUUAUAUAUUGUAGGCAUACUUCGGCGAUAUCAUAGUUGCUUGCUAUUAUCUAUAGAACAAACUGUUUCAAUCUUUGAGGGACUAUGCAAAAUUAUCAAACAUGUUGGCAGUCCUAGUGAAUGUAGCUCUGCCGAGCGUUGCAUUCUUGCAUAUCUAAGUGACCUGCAUGAUUCAUGUGUUAUAUUAAAGAGCAAAGAGCAGCAACCAGAAUAUUUUCAGCAGUUAAACGUUAUUAAAAAGUUUAAAGAAAUAUUUGUUGCUCCAGAACAAAUUAACAUUGUUCCACCAACAUAUAAUCCACAAUUCCUUCAAGAACUUUUUUCUUCUCCGAAACGUGGAGGUAAAAUAGAUCAAUUAUGGGUGCGACAACUCCAUGAAUCCCCAACAAACGUGUAUAGUUUUGUUUCGAAUGCAUUUAUUGCAGUAUGCCGUGAAUCAGACAAUGAUCGUUUAAAUGAUAUAGCAAUUUCAUGUUCAGAACUGACUGCUAGUUGUAAUGCAUUAUCUACGGAAUGGAUAGCAGCAUUGCAGUGCAUAUGUAAUUCAACAAAGAAACCACGCUAUCCACAUUUAUUUGGGCAAAUUGACAUACACAACACCAGAAUACAUAAUUCGUUGGCAGUAUUUAUGUGCAUCUUAGUCGCGCGUCAUUGUUUUCCACUGUCGGAUUUCGUUGUCAAAUUCGCUCUGCCGACUCUUGUUACAGCAUGUGCAGAGACCACUGGAGAUGCCGAAGCUGGAGCUCGUUUGACUUGCCAUUUAUUAUUAAAGCUGUUUAAAACUAUCGAAAUACCACAACCUGGUUUAUACUCUGUUAGUACAUCACCAAAUCCAAUAAAUGUAGUCAGCAAUACAACUAACAUAAAGUUAAGUUGUGAUCGGCAUUUGCUUGUUGGUGCACAUAAAAAUAUUCCAGUGGAGGCAGUCUUAGCUGUGUUAAAAGCAAUAUUAUAUGUUGUUGACACAGCAGCUCUUAAGACCCCUACUUCAGUUACUGGUGCCGUUGCUUAUUGCAGUGGCAAACGUAGUGGUUUCAAUACUCCUGUCCAUCCGGGAAGUACACCGAAGAGUAAUGAACGACCCGUUGAUUUAAGUCAAAUAUUAGGCACGAGUGAUCUUAAUAGUUUGGGUAAUGAUGAUCAAGAAAUGGCACAACAAAAUUCAUUAUCAGCUAAUUCUAAUCAGGGGGAACAAAUAUCUUUGCUAGAGUUUGCACAUCAUGUACUUAAGCAAAUCUGUGCUCAGGAACACGUUUUGGAAAGAUGUUUAAAGCAUGCUGAAAAAUUGUGUGAUUUCAUUAUUGAUGAUAUGCUUACAACGAAGCAGGUACAACGUGUUUUACAUAUGAUCUGCUAUCCUGAAGCAGAAUAUAAUAUUAUAUCAGAAAUGGAUCAACGUUCUAUGAUUGUGCGCAUACUUGAAAAUCUUGGACAAUGGACAUUACGUAUAUCUUGGCUCGAUUUACAGCUUAUGUAUCGACAACUGAUGAAUAAUCCAGCAGAACUUAAUAUGUGGCUGGAUACUGUGGCACGUGCUGCUAUAGAUGUUUUUCAGAUGGAAGAAAUAAAUUUACCUAAUAGUAAUAGAAGCGAAUAUAGGGCAAAGCCGUCAACAUGGCUGGUGGCACCACUUAUAUCAAAACUAACACCUGCUGUGCAGGGACGCAUAUUACGUGUGGCCGGUCAAGUGCUUGAAAGUAUGAAUUACUUUUCUAAAGUAUCAAAAAUGGAUAGCAACAGUUCAGGUAGCGGUGAUGAAAGGGAAAAAAGUAAUAGUUGCGGUAGCAUAAUUAGUAGUUAUAGUGGUUCUAAUAGUGGUUCACGUGGACGAAAACCACCACUUAACUAUCAACCAUUCUUGGAGCUUAUUUUAACGUGCCUCAAAGGCCAAGACGAAUUUAAGGAAGGAUUAUUGGCUUCAUUGUAUUCUCAAUUAUCUCAAUGUUUGCAAUCAUUUUCAAUGUUGGAUACAAUUGGAGGUGUUGAUAAUCCGCAAGCUCGUGAAGAAAUUUUAGAUGCUUUACAACUGCGUUUCUCACUUCUUGGUGGUAUGUUUGACUCGAUACAAAAAAAUGGUACUUCUACAACGGAUUGGGCAAUGUUAUUAGCACAAUUGGUUUGCCAAGGAGUAAUCGAUUUGAGUUCGAAUAGGGAAUUAUUCACUACUGUUGUGGAUAUGUUAGCGACACUUGUUCAUUCAACGUUGGUAUCAGAUACUCAAUCGGAUAGAGAUGAAAAUAAAAAAUCGUAUCUUAAUUUAAUGAAAAAAUUAAAAAAAGAAAUAGGCGAACAAACGAAUUCUUCUAUAAAAGUAAUAAGACAAUUGCUUCCACUAUACAAACAAACAACGGAGGUUAUUUCAUGUGAACCAGCUGGGGUUGAUACAAAAGGUAAUAAAAUUUGCGAUAUGGAUAAAAAGCAAUUACGCAUAUCAGAUAAACAACGGAUAAGUGUAUGGGAUAUAUUAGAGGGACAAAAAAAUCCUGCACCACUUUCUUGGGUAUGGUUUGGAGCAGUAAAAUUAGAACGCAAACCAUUAGCUUAUGAAGAGGCGCAUCGAAAUCUAAAAUAUCACACACACAGCCUUGUUAAGCCUAGUAGUUACUUUUAUGAACCCUUACCACUGCCACCUGAAGAUAUUGAACCUGUUCCAGAAAAGAUUUGUAUUAAGGACGAAAUGAAAGCUGACACACCUUCUUCAGUUGACCAAUCUCCAAGUGCAGUUGUGUCUGGUCGGGGUAGGGGUAAAGGUACAACACGUAAACGUAAAACUAAAAAUCCAAAAACUCCUCCAGUAAAUACUCAAGUACAACCGCAAAUGACUGCUCAGCAGCAGCAGCAACAACAACAGCAAACAUCUAGUGCAACACAACAACAAACAACACAGCAAUUAAAUCCAAAUCAAAUGGGUCAAAUGCAAAUGAAUAUGCAGGUAAAUAUGCAGCAGUUCGCACCAAAUCCAAUGAUGCAACAGAACUCUGGACAGAUAAUGCAAUCACAGCAGAUGCAAAAUGUACCAAGUAAUUUACAACAACAACUUAAUAGUGGGAAUGCUCAACAACAAAAUACGCAAUUAGGUUUUAUGGCAGCUGGACCUCAAAACAUGCCUCAAACAGGUCACACCCAGCAACCACAAUGGAAUAAUCAGAAUCAAUAUCAUUCCAUGCAACAACAACAGCAACAGCAACAAUUUUAUCAACAGCAAGGAAUACAAAUGAACCGCUUUGAACGUCCUCAGCUGAAUGACCCUAAAUUAGCCCUGUCUAAUAUGUUACGAGCACGCCAACCCAAUUAUAAUCAAAAUAAUAAUACUACAUUCAAUGCUAUGCAACAACAGCAACGUCAAGGUCAGGGUAUGCAACCACAGCAACAAGCCGGAUUAAAUAAUGUACAACAGCAGCAACAACAACAAUUGCAACAGCAACAAUUUGUACGUGGCGCUAUACGCGGAGCCAUUCGGGGUAUUGCACCAAAUCAAAUGGGUGGUACUGCUCCUAACCAAAUUGCACCAAACAUGAAUGCUGUUAAUAUAGGGCAAAAUAUAACUCCAAACCCUUUGAUGCAACAGCAACAACAAAUGGCGCAAAAUAAUCCCCAGGCUAUGGCAAUGGCACAAAAUACAGGAAUGAUAGGUUCUGUUUCUAAUAAUAAUUCAAAUUUAAUGAGUGGCCAAUCUAGCAAUAACUUAGUUAACGCUGGUAAUAUAAUGCAGCAAAAUGUAGGAGGAGUUAGUAAUAAUGCUGUUAACCAGAACAUGAUAAAUCAAGGACCCGGCCAGUUUCAAAAUUUUAAUCAAUAUCAACAGGGCAUAAAUGCAACGGGUCCAAAUCAGCAAAAUAAUAUUAUGGGUGGCUUCAAUCAAAUGAAUCAGCGGAACAAUCCUAAUGAUUUCAUGACACAACAGCAGCAACGUGGUCCUGCUGGCAUUGUUAACAAUCGUGGCCAGUAUAUGAAUCAAGCACCAAAUGUUACAAUGAACACCAUGGUGGGUCAAGGUACAGUACCUCCAUAUUCGCGUCAGCAAAAUAGUGGCGGUAAACCUGGAGUUGUAUCGUCACAGCACCAAUUUCAACAGCAACAACAACAACGUCUUCAUCAAAUAAUGCAACUGCAAGGCAUGAACCAACAAAAUAAUAGUGGAAGUGUUAUUGGGCAACAACAAACUCAAAGUAUGGGACAGCAACAAACUCCAAACUUGGUUGCACAAUUACAGAGACAAAUGCCUAAUCAACAAAAUAUGAUGGGACAGCAAUUCCAACAUCAGCCUCCACCAUAUUAAAAGUUAUUUUUUGAAAUUGUUGCAUAAAAUUCAAAACUGUUUGGAAUAUUCUUAGUAUUAGAUAAUUUUGCACUUAUACUUAUAUCAAAAAUAUUGAAAUUGUAAUAUAAUUAUAUUUUAGAGACUAAAUUAUAAAUAUAUGUUUAU